AUGUACCCUUAUCGCAAGACUACCGCGUAGACUAAACAAGCCAUCGCUUUGUGUUAGAAAAGCUAUAGAAUCAAAGCUUGCGCAUUAUAAAUAAGACCGAAGCCACUUGUGAUCAUCUUAGAAACACACCACACUUCCAAUCACGAAGAUCCUACACUUACUUAACCCCCAGUACUCGGCCAUCAUUAUCUUCCACAUCUUACUGAACUAAAAAGGACAUAACCAUGUCGUCCCAGAAAUCGAACCCUCUUCCUCGUUCUCAAGGAUACACGGUCGGCACCGGUUUACCCGUUAAUUAUCUUCAGGAACACCACCACCACCACCACCACCACCACCAUCAUCUUCCGGAGCAACAGAAAAACUCCGUCGCUUGGUCAUCCGAUAUUUUUCAUUGUUGCGACGAUCCAUGCAGCUGUUGCACAACGCUUUUUUGCCCAUGCGUCACUUUUGGGAGGAUCGCGGUGUUCGCGAACGAAGGAUCUUCAUCUUGUGUUGCGAAAGGCGCACUCUACUGUUUAGCUGCUACUUUGACGGGUUGUUUUUUGGGAGGAGCUUGCUGCUGCGGUUGCUGCAAUCGUAGAAGGUUGAAGACUCAAUUCAGAUGGCAACAGAAUGCAUGCGACGAUUGCUAUGUUCAUUGCUGUUGCCAUUGUUGUGCUCUGUGUCAAGAAUAUCGUCACCUCCAGAGCCUCGGCUAUGACCCUUCCAAAGGACGGGAAGGAAAUCGGCAGAUACAUAGCGGCUCGAUGAUUCCACCUCCAAUGCCAAGAAACAUGAGCCCACAUAGCUGAUUAGCGAAGUUCAUACCAGACAUCCAAAUGUUAGGAGACAUUCUAGUACGAUAUGACAUUUUUUAUUCAUAAAUCUAUCAUUACUUUUGUGAAAUUUUGUGG